AUGGGACUCCAGUCAGACUCCACGCUCCAGGCGAUCCUCCUCUCUCCAGUCCACCUCGUAGUGUGGCUCUACUCCAUCCUGUCCUUCCUGCCCUGGUACUUCAUCACCGGAGCGGGCCAGAAACGAGAGCGGGCCAAGCGGGUGAAGGCUCGCUCCACGUCAGGCCGCGCCGACGGACCGUACCGCUCCGUGGAUCAUUUCGAUUCCUUGGCGAGGGAAGACUUCCCGGGCAAAGACACGCUGGACAAGCUGUUCAACCAUGCUGUGCAGCGCUUUGGAGAUGCCCAGUGCCUUGGAACACGAGACGUACUGAGCGAAGAAAACGAGGUUCAGCCCAGCGGGAAAGUCUUUAAAAAGCUGAUCCUUGGGGAGUAUAGGUGGCUGUCUUACAAUGACGUGGACACCAUCAUCACUGAUUUUGGGAACGGACUGGCAGCUUUGGGACAGCAGCCCAAAAGCACCAUCGCAAUAUUCUGCGAAACCCGAGCAGAGUGGAUGCUCACCGCUCAGACUUGCUUCAGGCGCAAUUUCCCACUGGUGACGUUCUACGCCACGCUGGGAGAGGACGCCAUCGCGUACGGACUCAACGAGACUGGAGUUACUCAUCUGGUUACCAGCACCGAGCUGCUUGAGACCAGACUGAAAAAUGUGCUGCCACAUAUCCCAAAACUGAAGCAUGUGAUCUACGUAGACCAAAAGAAAUUAAGCACAGAAGGCUACCCACCAGGACUCGUCCUCCACAGCAUGCAAGCUGUGCAAGACCUGGGCAAGCUGCCUGAAAACAUGGAGAUUCCAGUUGUGAAGCCCCAGCCCUCGGAUCUGGCUGUGGUGAUGUACACCAGCGGCUCUACCGGCAAACCCAAAGGAGUCAUGAUUGUCCACAGUAACCUGAUUGCAGGAAUGACAGGCCAGUGUGAACGCAUCCCUGGGCUCGGGCCCGAUGAUACUUACAUAGCUUAUCUGCCCCUGGCGCACGUUCUGGAAAUGACUGCUGAAAUCUCCUGUGUGACAUACGGCAGCCGGAUCGGCUACUCGUCCCCCCAAACACUAUCAGACCAGUCCACCAAGAUAAAGAAGGGAAGUAAAGGCGACUGCUCUGUGCUCAGACCCACCCUGAUGGCAGCUGUACCGGAAAUCAUGGAUCGCAUCAACAGAAAUGUGAUGAGCAAAGUGCAGGAAAUGAGCGUGAUUCAAAAGACGCUGUUUACCCUGGGCUACAAAUACAAACUGGAGCAAAUAAAGAGGGGCUACGACGCACCACUCUGCAAUGCGUUGCUGUUUGGUAAAGUGAAGAAGCUGCUGGGAGGACGGGUGAGGAUGAUGCUGUCCGGAGGAGCCCCCCUGUCCUCGGCCACGCAGCGCUUCAUGAACGUGUGCUUCUGCUGCCCGGUGGGCCAGGGCUACGGCCUGACGGAAACCUGUGGAGCCGGCACCAUCACAGAGGUUGCGGAUAUCAGCACGGGUCGCGUGGGAGCUCCUCUGAUUUGCUGUGAGAUCAGACUCAGGGACUGGGCUGAAGGUGGAUACACCAGCAAAGACCUGCCACAUCCAAGAGGGGAGAUCCUGAUCGGUGGCCCCAACGUCACCAUGGGCUACUACCGGGCCGAGAGCAACGACCAGGACUUCUUUGUGGAUGAAAACGGUCAGAGGUGGUUCUGCACCGGGGAUGUCGGAGAGAUUUAUCCAGAUGGUUGUCUUCAAAUAGUGGAUCGCAAGAAAGACUUGGUCAAGCUGCAGGCCGGGGAGUAUGUGUCUCUGGGAAAAGUGGAGUCGGCCCUGAAAAACUGCCCGCUUAUCGACAACAUCUGUGCUUAUGCCAAUAGUGACCAGAACUACGUCAUCAGCUUUGUGGUUCCCAACCAGAAAAAGUUGACUGAACUGGCCAAACAGCGAGACAUCACGGGGACGUGGGAGGAGAUCUGCACCCACCCCGACAUGGAGAGGGAGGUGCUGAAGGAGAUCAAGGAGGUCGCUGCUAACAUUAAACUCCAACGAUUUGAGAUUCCGGUGAAGGUGGUCCUGAGUCCGGAGCCCUGGACGCCCGAGACGGGGCUCGUCACCGACGCGUUCAAGCUGCGGAGGAAAGAACUGAAGAACCACUACCUGGACCACAUAGAGAGAAUGUAUGGCGGGAAAUAACUUGCGCCACUUUCACCCGGGAUGUCUUUCUGAUCACAACCACUGUUUUGAUAUGUAAAUACUUGUCCUGGUACCCAGGUUUAGGUCAUUUUGUGUACCGCAGGCUCUCAAAGGAGGAAAAGCUGAAACUGUAGGUAGUUGUAGCUGUUGGAGCCAAACGUGCUGCUUCUUUCAUGUGUUUGUAACAACUUUCUGAUUGUCAAAGAGAUGCACUAAAGGUGGCGACUCCCAUCCGAAAAAGAAAGGCGUGUUUGUGUGACCGUCACAGCGCCGCGUUGCCAUCCACCGAAACCUGCUGGCACUCCUCCAAGUUGGCGAAAACUUGACCGCCGUUCACUCGCUGCUGAUGCGUUGCUGUUACUUCCCAUGUAGAUGUUUGCAAGCGUCGUCGCCGCGGAGGCUUGUUACGCUCUUUUGUAAAAGCGGAGUACAGAUGUUACUGUGCCUUCAGUCUGCAGUACUUGUUUAGUCGAGCAGAAGUAAGCAGCAACUAGGGAAAAGGAAAAAAAAAAAAAAACUAAACUGCCAUGAGACGUUUACUUGAUAUUUAAGGAGAAAAACCUCUUCCAGCCACAGUUGUAUAGACACGGAUCAAUGACCAUGUCUGUUUAUCCACUCUUUUUUUUUUUUUUUUUUAACGCCCCCUCACGGAGUAUGGUUUAUUUAUGCUUUUGUUACUGUAAUGAUUAAUUCAGAAAGGAAGACCAAACUGUCUAAAACUCAACGACUCAGGAAGCUCAGCAGAUGUUUUAAGAUAUAUGAAAAUGUCAACUAGUUGGUUACUUGUGCAGAAACGAAACCACUUCUGUCAAAAUUCUUGUGGGCACCUUAUUUAUUAAAGAUGGAGCAUGCUUACCUUCAAAAACUCUUCUUAGCUCUAGUUGGAAACUAGCAUACUGUAAUACUGUGCGUUCUUUACCUCAGUUGAUGGAUCCGUGUAUGAUUUGGUAUCAAGGCGUUUUAUCAGAACUUCCGUCGUUCAUUUUAAUAAUAUAGGAGUGUUUUCUAUGUAUUUUUCCAAGUAUUGUCGUGUUGAUGGAUUUGCAUUGUGGAAACUCGGAGGACACGGACAAUGACAGCCACUUUACAGUUGUUUGAUGAGCCUAUUUGUAUUUAUGACUCCACCAUGGUCACAUGCCUUGUUGAGCAUUU